AUGCAACUCAACACAGCUACUUACAAUCUCUUCAUCAUGGCCUGCACUCUGGGACCUGCGUUAGGCAGUCCAGUUCCCGUUGACCAUGAGCAAGAGGCAGCCAAGAAGUUUGGCGAUAUCUCUACCCUCAUUGAAACCAACUAUAAACGCGACGAGGGCUUUGAGAAGGAAGCUGCCAAGAAAUUUGGGGAUAUCUCUACCCUCAUUGAAACCAACUAUAAGAGAGACAUUAGGGACUUCGCCAAUUACGGUCUCGAUAACGGAGACGUCGCCCACAAGAAGUUUGGCGAGAUUGAUACUCUGAUCGAAACCAACUAUUGA